UGGCAACGUUGCACUGUCAUGCGCCGCAAACCAUUCAAUUUCGCGCAACUCCGAAAUUCUUUUUCAUCUAACGAACAUUUCGCGUUCAACUAUAAUGGCGUCUUGUCCAACGUGCGGUUCUGUAAUUCGCGAAAAUGGUGUUAAUAGCAAUUGUUCGCCGACAAACGGCCCAAAAAUUAUGGAAAUGGACGUCACGCCAGCUGCACCGAAGACCGGAGCGAACGAUGAAGAUCUAACCGUAGAUGAAAUGACAUCGCGUGAUUACUACUUUGACUCCUAUGCUCAUUUCGGCAUACACGAGGAGAUGUUAAAAGACGAAGUUCGUACGGUAACAUAUCGCAAUUCAAUGUACCACAAUAAGCAUUUAUUCGUGGGCAAAACUGUUAUGGAUAUCGGUUGCGGAACGGGGAUAUUGAGCAUGUUUGCGGCAAAAGCGGGAGCAAAAAAAGUGCUAGCCAUUGAGUGUUCCAACAUAGUCGAUUAUGCCAAACAAAUAGUUGAGGCGAACAAACUGGAUCAUAUUAUAACUGUGAUUAAGGGAAAAGUCGAAGAAGUUACUCUGCCCGAUGGAAUCGAGCAAGUGGAUAUAAUAAUAUCAGAGUGGAUGGGUUACUGCUUAUUCUACGAGAGCAUGCUGAGCACAGUGCUGUAUGCACGUGACAAGUGGCUGAAACCUGAGGGCUUACUAUUUCCCGAUCGUUGCUCUUUAUUUGUGACUGCUAUUGAAGAUCGUCAGUACAAAGAUGAGAAGAUUAAUUGGUGGGAUGACGUCUACGGUUUUGACAUGAGUUUGAUUCGCAAGGUUGCUAUUAGUGAGCCUUUAGUUGAUAUUGUUGAUCCGAAACAUGUCGUUACCAACGCUUGCUUAAUUAAAGAAGUUGAUUUGUACACAGUGCAAAAAGCAGAUCUCGAGUUUACUUCGCCGUUUAAUCUACAAGUUAGACGUAAUGAUUAUGUGCAGGCAAUAGUGACAUUCUUUAACGUAGAGUUCACCAAAUGUCAUAAACGAAUUGGGUUUAGCACGGCCCCGGAGGCCCCCUACACUCACUGGAAACAAACUGUUUUUUAUUUUCAAGACUAUAUGACUGUGAAGAAGAACGAAGAAAUUUACGGCACGUUCUCUAUGAAGCCUAAUUUAAGAAAUACUCGUGACUUAGAUUUCAUCGUUGAACUUAAUUUUAAAGGCGAAUUAGGACAAGUUGGCGAAGUCAAUCAUUAUCGUAUGCGUUGAAACCUUUCUUUUUUAAUUUGAGAAUCCUUGUGUCCAUAUAAGUAACGAUGAAGGAUUUUUGAUUGGAGAAAAAUUUUGAUUUCUAAGAUCUUUACUACUUUCAUACUAGAAUAGGUUCAGUUUUGAAUACAUUUAUUUAACGAUUACUGUAUGUAACAAUAAUGAAUAAAAUAAAAACGUAAUCAUAACUACAAACAUUUGUAAAAAUUGUUGUAAAAUUCCGUAAACAAAAAGAUUGACUAGCAUUUUUAUACUUAAUAGGAGGAGCAUCAAUUUCUGGUCAAUUGCCGGAAGAUAAAAUGUGACAGUAUUUUUUAUUAUUGGUCUUGAGCUGUAUGUAUUUUGUGUUAAUAAACCAGUAUGCAAUUAGUCCAUUUUUGAACAAUAAAAUGCGUUUAAAAAGUA